AUGAGAAGCCCUGGAAGGGGAGGCACUGGUGGCUGCGGACACUGAAGCCCUCCCCCCUGAAGCCAUCGGGCAACCACAGCCAGCGUGGGCAGCUGCCCCUGAAGAGAUCCGUCAGCACGGAGCGCUACGUGGAGACCCUGGUGGUGGCCGACAAAAUGAUGGUGGGGUACCACGGGCGGCGGGACAUCGAGCAGUACAUCCUGGCCAUCAUGAAUAUUGUUGCCAAACUUUUCCAGGACUCGAGUCUGGGCAAUAUUGUCAAUAUCCUGGUGACCCGGCUGAUUCUCCUCACGGAGGACCAGCCCACACUGGAGAUUAACCACCACGCUGGGAAAUCCCUGGACAGCUUCUGCAAGUGGCAGAAGUCCAUUGUGAACAGGAAUGGCAACGGGAACGCCAUCCCCGAGAACGGCAUCGCCAACCACGACACUGCCGUGCUGAUCACCAGAUACGACAUUUGCAUCUACAAGAACAAACCCUGUGGCACCCUGGGCCUGGCCCCCGUGGGUGGGAUGUGUGAGCGAGAGCGAAGCUGCAGCAUCAACGAGGACAUUGGCCUGGCCACAGCCUUCACCAUUGCCCACGAGAUUGGCCACACGUUUGGCAUGAACCACGAUGGGGUCGGCAACAGUUGUGGCUCCCGUGGGCAAGAAACGGCCAAGCUGAUGGCUGCCCACAUCACCAUGAAGACCAACCCCUUUGUGUGGUCCACGUGCAGCAGGGAUUACAUCACCAGCUUCCUGGACUCCGGGAUGGGAUUAUGCCUGAACAAUGCUCCUCCCAAGCAGGACUUUAUCUACCCCACGGUGGCUCCAGGACAGGCCUACGAUGCCGACGAGCAGUGCCGCUUCCAGUACGGAGUUAAAUCUCGCCAGUGUAAAUAUGGGGAAGUCUGCAGUGAGUUAUGGUGUCUGAGUAAAAGCAACCGCUGCAUAACCAACAGCAUCCCUGCUGCUGAGGGGACCAUAUGCCAAACCAACACCAUUGAAAAGGGGUGGUGCUACAAGAGGGAGUGUGUCCCCUUCGGGACGAGGCCGGAGGGCGUGGACGGGGCCUGGGGAGCCUGGUCAGCCUGGGGGGAGUGCAGCCGGACCUGCGGCGGAGGCGUCUCCUCGUCCCUGCGCCACUGCGACAGCCCGCGGCCCACCAUCGGAGGCAAGUACUGCCUGGGAGAGAGGAAGCGCUACCGGUCCUGCAACACUGAU